ACACGAGUUACGGGAAAGCUAAGCUGAUUUAGUGUGCAUGCUGAUUGGCUGUUACUGAGAGGCUCGUCUUAAAGGAGAACAAUUUAUAGAAGAUAGUCAGUCAUGGCCCGUAUUAAAAGGAAAAGAGAGAAUUCUCCACCAAAGAAAUCCAAGGAACCAGCCAGCCUUGUAGGGCCUGAGGAGGAACAAUCCCAAGGGAAGAGCGACAGCAAAAGAGUGAAGAAGAAAGCGGUGAAGCCCAGUGAGCAGACGCAACAAGAAUACGCACACUGGCUGAUGAAAUCUGAGCCUGAGAGCCGCAUAGAGAAGGGGGUGGAAAUGAAGUUUGGGAUUGAAGACUUAAAGGGACAGCCAGACCAGAGAGCCUGCUGGGAUGGAGUCAGGAAUUACCAGGCGCGGAACUUCAUGAAAUCAAUGAAGAUAGGUCAGGAAGCCUUUUUCUAUCACAGUAACUGCAAAGAGCCGGGAAUUGCUGGUAUUGUGAAGAUUGUUAAGGAAGCAUAUGUUGACCACACACAGUUUGAUAAGACAAAUCCACAUUAUGAUGCUUCAAGUAGUAAAGAAAAACCCAGAUGGUUUAUGGUGGAUGUGCAGUUUGUCCGGAUGAUGAAACGUUACAUUCCUCUUUCUGAGCUAAAGCAGCUGCACCAAAAACACAAGGGAUCCGGUGGCGCACUGAAAAACAUUGGGCUGUUUACAAGAGCGAGGCUGUCUGUGCAGCCCCUAACGCAAGACACCGCAUAUCGCAGCUGCUGCCCCUGCCUGACCGCGAGGACCUGUCGCUCAGCUCAGCCUGAGUGUCACCGCAGUACCGCACUCAUCUGCUGAAGGAAGGAGCCAAAGUGGGGUCACACUGAGUCUGUCACACUCACACAAAGGAAUUUGACUAUAUUUUAAGCUUGGAGGAUCAGAAGAAUUCGUAAGAUUGAGCAAAACAUACUCAUGUUUUAAUCACCAGUUAUUUUUAUUAAAAUAAAAAUGUUUCUAUUUUUGUCUUUUUAAAUAAAUAAAUUUAAUAAGAUGUC